UUAGAUUUUGAUUUCUCAAAAUGGGGCUCAUAGCCAUUGCACUGGCUGUGGCAGUCAUUACGUGGAUUACCAGCUUUGUGUAUAGAAAGGCGAAGUAUAUUUACGAUCGACUGUCAGCUUUCCAAGGUCCAGAAGCAUUGCCUCUCAUAGGAAAUCUUCACCAAUUCCAUUUCAAGCCAGAAGAAUUCUUCGAGCAAGCACAAGGACUAGCGUAUUUGCUGAGAAGGAAACGAGAAAGAAUAUGCAGAGUGUGGUUUGGACCGGCACCGCACGUGCUUUUAUAUGGACCAGAAGAAUGCGAAGCAGUUCUCGGUAGCAGCAAAAUGCUGAACAAGCCAAUUCAGUAUGCGUUUCUCUCAGCAUGGAUUGGACAGGGAUUACUGAUAAGUAAGCCAGACAAAUGGCGUCCUCGACGCAAGCUGCUCACGCCGACGUUCCACUACGAGAUUCUCAAAGAUUUUGUGGAGGUAUACAAUCGUCAUGGAAGAACACUUCUUGGGAAAUUCUUGAAGCAUGCAGAAAGCGAUAAAUACGAAGAUAUUUUCCACACAGUCACUCUAUGCACUCUCGAUGUGAUCUGCGAGGCUGCGCUUGGCAUUUGCAUCGAUGCUCAGAAAAAUCCAAAAUCCGAUUAUCUGGAAGCUGUGUUCAGAAUGAAAGUUUUGCUUCAAAAGCGGCAAGUGAACCCUCAGUAUUAUCCUGAGUUCUUGUUCAACUUGAUUGGAGAUGGCAAAGAACAAGCACGUUGUGUGAAGAUCUUGCAUGACUUUACGGGAAAUGUGAUACGAGCUCGUAAGGCGAAAGCUGAUGCUGCAGGUGGUGUUGACAAAUUACUUGCACUGGAAACUGAACAAGGACGUCGCCGAAUGGCAUUCUUGGAUAUGAUGCUUGAUAUGAAUGCGAAGGGAGAGUUGAGUAUGGACGGAGUCCAAGAAGAAGUGGAUACAUUUACCUUUGAGGGGCAUGAUACGACUUCAGCAUCCAUAAAUUGGUUCCUUCAUCUUAUGGGAGCAAAUCCAGAUAUUCAAGAGAAAGUGCAUAGGGAAGUAGACGAGGUGUUGGGCGAAGUAGAUCGACCUGUCACUUAUGAAGACAUUGGAAAUUUGAAGUACCUUGAAGCAUGCAUAAAAGAGACCUUACGACUGUAUCCCUCCGUUCCGCUCAUAGCUCGACAAGUUGUGGAAGACAUCAAGAUUAAAGAUCACAUUCUUCCUGCUGGAACGGGUGUCGUCUUGGUACCGUCAAUGGUCCAUCGCGACCCGAACUACUGGGACGAUCCCGAAGUGUUCCGGCCCGAUCGAUUCGUGGAUGGAGAGUUGAAACACCCAUAUGCGUACAUUCCUUUCUCAGCUGGCAGCAGGAAUUGUAUAGGGCAACGCUUCGCCAUCAUGGAAGAGAAGUGCAUCUUGGCAAUGAUAAUGCGUAAUCUGAGAGUACGCUCCUUGCUUCGGACUGAUCAGAUGCGUGUGGCAGCCGAACUCAUCAUCAGACCUCUUUAUGGCAAUCAGAUAAAGUUUGAAAAAAGGUCGUACGGUGAUUACGCGCAUUGUAGCGCCUGAAAAAAUGAAUCAUAUGUAUUAAACUCAUUUUUUGCACCCACCCUUUUGCCAAAUGUAAGCAUAUAAAAACAAGUCAUUUUCUUUAUACUGUUGUUGUUACUUAUCCGUAGCAUAGAUUUUUUCACCGCUUAUGAAAUUUUUAUGUUGCGAUUUUCAAAUGUUGGGCUUAUGUGCUAUUACAGUGUGAUCUUAAGUUAUCUCUCUUUUCCUACUGCUGAAUCAUUAUGAUCAACAUUACUCGGGGAAUGAAUUUAGGCAUAAUUGAAUACUAUAUCAGUUGCAUGACCA